AUGAUUGGUGGGAAGUUUACUGAUCCAUGGAAAGUCGUGGAUGCUUCUGAUCCGGACGCUGAGCUGGCUUUGACCACUGGGUCGGGCUUAAGAUAUAGUCCGAAUGUUAAAGAGUUUGACGCCGCUCUUGUGAUCAUGACAGAACGAAAGGGCAAUGUAAACUAUGCCCCCCAAAAAAGUGUCCCAUGUGUCAGUGAAGGAGCAGGACAGAAGGUGGAUCGGGCAGCAGUCUCUGAAUACGUUUAUUUCUCUGCAGCAGCAAUUUCGAAGCCGAUCAAUGCCGACAAAGAGAUGUGCGGGAACAACGAGGGCAGUAUUCAAUACACUGAUUCUAUAAACGGCGAGGCGACUGAUGGGGAGGUGUUUUGGUGUGUCGAUUGA